AAACCUACGUCAAUUGGAUGUAACACUCAACACGAAUUACCGGGUACAGGAGCUGGGAAUCAUAAUUCUCUACAACGAUCUGGACCUUUUAUAUAUGAUUUAUUUGCUGCUUCGAAUCAUUAUGGAAGGUUAAAUGGUGGACAUUACACUACUUGUGUAAGAAAUGGAUAUAUACAUGAAUGGCACACCUUUGAUGAUAGUAGGGUAUCAAAAUAUGACGAAAGUAGUUUUGUG